GCAAAACCCGUUGAAAACCACUACAACGAGUACAGUGAAUUCCAUGCCAGAGAGAUUGAGGCACACAUAUGUGCAUCUUUCAUGGAAAUGGUUGGAAUGCAUAAAAUCUCAGGUAAGAAAGCAUUUUGAAAGACUGAUAAUCCACAUUUAUCAGAGAUGCACAUACUAACGUACAGGCUUAAAUAACACAGACUAAAUGAAAAGCAUAAUGUUUUUCAAAGGUGUACCCAUGCAGCUCAAAGCUUGGUUUACACCUUUGUUUGAAAAAAAAAGAGGCUGUGAAAACAUUUGCAUCUAAGAAUGAUGUAACUUGAUGUUAAAAGAAUAUUACAACAAUUUCUUUACAACUGUAUUAAUUUAUAAUAUAAUUCUUAUUUUGCUCUCCAUAAAUGUAGAUAAACCAGGUAUACCAGUACCUGAUGCAUCACUCUCCAAACAGACAAGGGCUAAGUGGCUUCUAGAAAUAUGUGAGGAACAUGUGAACAAAUAUGUACUUAACAAAGAUGAGCUGACAUCCUUAAUUGCACAAACCACUGAACUGGAACAGGCACUCAAUCAAGACUCGACAUGGACCUGCCGAGCAGAUGGCUGUGGUAGGACCUAUGCAUAUCACUCUGGAAGAGUAAGGUAAUGAGUAAUUCGCGUAAUUUAUAGUUAAUUAUCUUGGAUAAACAGAAUGCAAUGGUGCCAGCAGAUAUGAAUAUAGGUCAUACCUACUGCCUUGAAGACAUGAAGAUUAUUUUACAAACAUAACAGAUGGAGUUACUAAAUUACUUUAGUCUAGGGGCUUGGAAAAAAAGCAAGAGGCUUAAAAUAAUAUUACUGUGCAACUGAAAAUUAUUUGAUAUGCAAUAAUAGUUGACAUUACUUAACCAUUGCAGGCAUGAAGUUGAGGUGCAUGACUUGUCAUUUGACAGUGGUCAAGAUGUUAGAGAUCCAUAUGGCUACUACUACUGUAGAGUACGGUGUGGAUUUGUUUUCAAGACCAAAGCAACAAGAAACAGGUAGGGACAAAUUUGAUAAACACAGGUUGUUGACCUAGAAUCUUCAAUUGAGGCACAUGACCAGUUGUUAAAAUUGUUAUUAAGAAGGUAUUGAUAUUCUUGAUAGGCAUGAAGAGCAACAACAUGGCCAAACAAUUGUUGAUAAUGACAAUCCACAGGAAGAAGGCCGAGAAGACUACAUAUUCAACUAUCAUAGUGCUAAGCUUGCAUUCGGAUUGGUCUUAUUUGAAUUCAAUGAUGCAGUUAAAGAGGGUGAUGGUGAAAGGCUGUUUGACCUCUAUAAAUUAGCAUUGUUGCUCUACAAAACCCACCAUCACUACAAGUAUGCCUAUGCAGUACUCUUGUACCUGGUUAAGUGCAUUGCCAUACUUCCCCCAUCCCAGGCACUAAGGUUGAAGUGGAACCGUUUCUUCAAUGUCAGUGGCCUCCCUGGACGAAACAUUCCACUAGACUUGAAAAAAGAGCAUGACAACAAAGACAUCAAAAGCAUGUGGCGUAACCUUGGUGCUAACCUUGACGAGCAGAAUGCUGAGAGGACAGCCGGAACAUUGGGAGCAAUACAGCUUGUCUAUCAUUCAGUUGACAGAGACUGUUCUGUAAAAGAACAGCAUUUUGGAAGAAAAACUCCUAAAGAAGAGGAAGCUGUUAACCAAGUCAUUGCUGACCUGCUAUGUAAUGAAGCCUUUCAAAGGACACCUGGUAGAGAGGGUUAUGCAUCUUUUCCCAAGUUCGAACGAAGCAUCCUACAUGGUCUUGACUACAGGGAUUUGCACAAGUGGCUAAAAGAACACAUUGACCUGUGGGGUUCAAUAUAUCAACAGGAAAGAUAA